AUGUAUUUUCAAAAUCAAUCUCCGACGAGAAACGGCAAUUAUUAUGGAAAGAAGUAUAACAAUUCGCCCAGUCGAUCUAAUCAAGGUGGAUCGUAUGGAUCCUACUAUUCACAACAAGCAUCAUAUCCUUAUAUGAUGUCUUAUCAACAGGGCUACUCAACAAAUCCAUACUCUGGCAGAACUACAACUUCAUCAAGUGGUAUGGAUUGGAUUCAACUCAGCUCAGUUGAGACAUCAGAAGACAAUCGAGUUGUGGUAGCUGAUAAUUAUGAUGAAUGCAUUUGGACUGGAUCAUCUAAUGGCAGAAUUACUGGAUACCAUUACCCUUCAAUGGACAAAUAUUGCUCUUUUCGUGCAUUUGAACCAAAUUACGACAUCAAACAAAUGAUUGUCCAAAAAGAACGAAUUUAUUCACUCUCAUCAAAUGGAUUUUCUGUCCAUUCUAGAGGUGGACUCUAUAGAUAUAGUUUUGAAGAUUCUGAAUUUUUUGGGGAUCAACUAUUGACAUUUACCUUUCACUCUGAUUACACACCUGGCGGACACUCUCAAGGCAGCCGAUCACAGUAUUCAUUGAUAAUGGGAGGAAAUUUUACCAAAUUGUUUAAUUUUGAUCUUAAUGCUCAAAAAAUUAUUUCUCAGGUGGAAACAAAUCAAGGAAUAUGUAUCAUGAAAACAGGUGGAAGAUAUGUUUGCUGUGGAGGAACUUUGGGGGAGUUGUCAUUAAGAGAUCCAAGAAGUUUGAAAAGUGAACACUCCUUUGAGGUUCAUACUGGUACUAUUAGUGAUAUCGCUAUUAAGGAUAAUGUAUUGGUCACAUGCGGAUUCAAUAACAGAUAUGGUGAAUUAACUGUUGACAACAUGGUCAAAGCGUUUGAUUUGAGAACACUGAGAAUGUUGGGCCAAGUACAUUUCCCGUUAGAUCCUACUUUUUUAGGAUUCCAUCCACGUGUUAGUUCAAUGUUACUAAUUGUGUCACAAACAGGGUGCUUCCAAUUCAAGGACCUACAAGCCGCAUUUAAUCAUCAAUAUCAAAACAGCGAUAGUCAGCUCUAUCAAAUAAGUCUCGAUCAAAAUGAUAACAAUCCAUCAUGUAUACAAUCAUUUGACAUUAGCUCUACAGGAAACAUUAUUACAUUUGGAGAUCAAAACGGUUUACUACAUUUCUGGUCCAGUCAAAGUGCGUUGGAUACAUACAACCAAGAGGAAUACAAACCACUCAAUGCACAUAGAUUAGUGGACGAAGAAGCGAUGCCUAAUGAUGGCACUACUCUACUCUCUGAUUGGCCCAAUUACUCAUACCUCGUUGGCCAACAUCCCCUCGAAAUUCAUCCUCAAAUCUUGGAAAAUUUGGAAUACAAGAAAUCAGCACCACCUGCUAAAAUAACUUAUGGAGUUAGUAUUAACCCUGGAUUAAAACGUGUCAUUGAUGGUUAUUUAGAGAGAAAGACCUUCAGAGAUUUCAUUGUGACCGAGGAGAGUGGAGGGAAAAAGAAGAAAAAGACCUCCAGAGUCUUGAAGGUUAUUCCUAAAGAAUUUUCUCUUAAUGUCGUUAAGAAUAACAAUAGACUACGGUUCCAAGAGUUUGACUUUUCAAAAUAUAACGAUACCAAAUUUGUGGGACUUGAAAAUGGAUUGGAGAUUGCUUCAAUACUCAAUUCCUAUAUUCAAGUGCUCUAUCACUUAGUUCCACAAUUAAGAAUAUGCAUCAUGAAUUUUCUCUCUGAAAAGCCAAAUUGUAUUUCGUCUGAACUUGGUUUUCUCUUUUCCAUGAUGGAACAGGCAGAAAAAGCAGAAAAGAAAGCUGUUGAAGCCACCAAUUUUUAUCGAUUGAUACAAACUUUAGAUUUAUCCUUUUUAUGUGAAAAAAGCAACAAACAAAAGUUGUCACCUGUAGAUGCCAUUCAAAAAUUCAAUUCAUUUAUACUGAAACAACUCCAGAAAGAAAUGAGUUCUGUUACAUUUACUUAUUCCAUGACUUAUCCUUAUAUAUUUGCAUCUCCAAAUUACAACUUGAAAGGUCCCAACAGUAAGAAGCAAGUAAUUGCUACAAACAAUAGUAAUAUACAAUUACUAAAAAAACAAAAUAAGAGAAGACAAAGAACUAUGAUUGAUAUUCUGUUUGGAGCUGAGGUUCAAUCACACAAGUAUAUCGAUACUUCCUUUGACAACAAAUUGAAAAGUAUUAAUCUACAAUAUCCCUAUGACACAUUUGAAGAUAUGCUAAAGGACUAUUUGAACAAUCCCACAAAUAAUUUGCUUACUCUGCCCAAUAUUUUCAAUUUUACUGUACCAACAAGAGAAGAAGAUAUUAGAUGGAUCAAAUCUCAACACAACAAUAAUGAGCUCACAAACACGGCCAUUCCUUUACAUUUCACAAUUAUUCAAACCUCUGAUAAGUCUCAAUGGGAGCCCUUUAUCUUCAAUGAUGAAAAACAAAAGCAACAACAAGAAUUGUAUCACAAUAUUCAGCCAUCUGAAUACUAUCUGAAACAGAAAAGACGACCUCCAAUGUCAAUUACCUAUAAUUUAACUGCUGUCAUUAUUCAAGUACGGCAUCCUUUUCAAGAAAAGACUGUUAACACUAAAACACAAACGUCCACCACAAAGACCACCGAUGAUGAUGGAAAGGAUGUUUAUGACACCAUUGAAAAUGCAUGUGAAAAUGGUGAACUCUCUGAUGAAGAUGAAAACGAAGAAGAGAAUGACAGUUUAUCCAAGAACUUUGAUGGUCAUUGUGUAGCUCUGAUCAAAGUUGCAAAUGAGUGGGUUUUGUUUAACGAUUUUUCUAUUAGUGCCCAAAAAGAAAAAGAUGUCACCAUUUACAGCCAAACAUGGAAAACUCCAGCUCUAUUGUUCUAUGUUAGACAAGAUAUUCAAAAUGUCCUUCCCACUGUGCUAUAUUCCAAUCCAAUUAACUCAAAUUUAGAAUUAUUUAACUCUUCAGAGUUUAAGAGUGUUGUCAAUUUUAAUGGAGAUAUUGUUUCUAUUGAUGCGGAGUUCGUUUUAACCAAGAAAGAGCAUCAAAUUGAUGACGGGCAGAGAUUUGCAUUAGGAAGAGUGAGCAUAAUUUCCAUGGAUGAAGAAAUCAUUUUUGACGACUAUAUCGCAACAUCAGAAAAAUAUAUUGAGGACUACAUGACUCGAUUUUCUGGAUUGAAACCUGGAGAUUUGGAUAUUGAUAAUACUUCAAAUUCACAUCAUGUCACAGAGCUCAAAUACACAUAUCUCAAACUAAGGUAUCUCAUGGAUGUGAAGAAGGUUAAAUUUAUUGGACAUGGCUUAUCGAACGAUUUCAAAAUUAUUAACAUAUUCGUUCCAAAAGAGCAAAUUAUUGACACUGUAGAAUUAUUUAGACUACCCAAUCAACGCAAAAUCUCUCUCCGUUUCCUUUGUAAAUAUUUAUUACACCAAGACAUUCAACAAGACACACAUGACAGCGUUGAAGAUGCUAGAACUGCUUUACGUCUCUAUAAGAAAUAUACAGAGCUCAAGCAAAAGAAUUCCUUUACCUCCACUCUUCAAGAUAUUUAUAACAUUGGUCGCCAAACCAAUUGGCAAUAA